AUGCCCGUCCCAGACCAACCCACAGAUGCAGAAAAACCCACCAUGUUGAGUCCAGUGCUGAACGCCUCUAACGGAGACGGGUCGGAAACAGAGACCACCUCUGCCAUCCUGGCCUCGGUUAAAGAGCAGGAGCUGCAGUUUGAGCGACUGACUCGUGAGCUGGAGGCCGAACGACAGAUCGUUGCCACCCAACUGGAGAGAUGCAAACUGGGAUCUGAGACCGGCAGCAUGAGUAGCAUCAGUUCGGCAGAUGAGCAGUUUCGCUGGAAUACUCAAGAUGGGCAGAAGGAUAUUGAAGAUGAGCUGAACACGGGUCUGGAACUUGUAGACUCUUGUAUUCGAUCUCUGCAGGAGUCAGGAAUACUUGAUCACCAGGAAUAUACUACGGGGGAACGACCGAGCCUGCUCUCCCAGAGCUCACUGCAGCUCAACUCCAACCCAGAGGGCUCUCUCCAGUUCUCUGCCAGCUACCAUAGCAACCAGACCUUGGCCGCCGGCGACGCUCCGGCCGUGCAGCAGCCCCCCGUGCGCAGCGCCCAAGUCGGAGGGGCCGUCCACAGUUACAACCAGGUGACGUCUAAUCGCGCGGCUCAGUUAACUGCGGGCGACUCCGCGCAGCCCCAGAGCCAUGGCAGUACAUUCCAUCUCCCCGAAUCCCAGCAGCCCUCAGCGGGGCCCGGUCACUUCUACUCCAGCUCCACCCUGCCCGCUCCACGCGUGAGCUCACCCCUGUCCAUGCAGGCCACGGGGGGCUCCCCCACCAAACUACAGCGGCUGGGCUCGUCCUCUGAGGCUCCGGGGUACGCCACCACGCAGCGGCUCCCCUCCACCUCCUCUUCCUCGCCCAAACCGUCUCCCGGACGCCUCUCCAAGUCCUUCAGCAGCAGCUCUCCGAUCAACACGGGCGGCUCGGCCGCGGCUCACGCUGGCUCGCCCCUGCGUCUGGCGUCGCCCCCUAACGCCUCGCCCAUCCACCAGCUUAGCGCCAGCGUGGCCAGCUACGCCACGCUCUCACCCACCAAGCGCCUGGUGCACUCCUCUGAGCAGUACAAGAUCUCCCAAGACCUAUAUGCCACUGCCACACUUCAAAGGCCUGGCAGCCUGGCGGGAUCAAGAGGCUCCUACAGCAGCCAACAUAGCAGCCACCUGGGUCCUGAAGUGAGGCCCCUACACUCCCCUGAGCACCACAUUGAUCCCAUCUAUGAGGACAGAGUCUAUCAGAAAGCCCCUAUGAGGAGUCUGAGUCAAAGCCAGGGGGACCCUCUCCCCCCGGGACACACAGGAACUUAUCGCACCAAUACAGCCCCGUCUUCCCCCGGUGUUGACUCCGUACCCUUGCAGCGCACGGGCAGUCAGAACACCACGGGAACGUACCAGCGGAGCAGCUACGCCUCCGGCCCAGCGGCCAACUACACCGACCCCUACCGCACGCUGCAGUACUGCUCGUCGGUGGAGUCCCCUUACAGCAAGUCCGGUCCCGCCCUGCCUCCGGAAGGUUCUCUGGCUCGCUCCCCCUCGAUUGACAGCAUCCAGAAGGAUCCCAGGGAGUUUGGCUGGCGGGACCCGGAAUUGCCUGAAGUAAUCCAGAUGCUACAGCAUCAGUUUCCCUCGGUGCAGUCCAACGCUGCAGCCUACCUCCAGCACCUGUGCUUUGGAGACAACAAGAUCAAAGCAGAGAUCCGGAGACAGGGCGGGAUCCAGUUGUUGGUGGACCUCUUAGACCACAGAAUGGCGGAGGUUCAUAGGAGUGCUUGUGGAGCCCUUAGAAACCUGGUCUACGGGAAAGCCAACGAUGAGAACAAGAUCGCUCUGAAAAACUGCGGUGGCAUCCCCGCGUUGGUCCGCCUGCUCCGCAAGACCUCCGACGUUGAGAUCAGAGAACUUGUCACGGGUGUGUUGUGGAACCUGUCGUCGUGUGAUGCUUUGAAAAUGCCAAUAAUUCAGGACGCCCUGGCCGUGCUGACCAACACAGUAAUCAUUCCCCACUCCGCCUGGGACACCUCCCCUCAUCAGGAGGACCGCAAACUGCAGCUUCACACCUCCCAGGUUCUCCGCAACGCCACUGGCUGCCUGAGGAAUGUAAGCUCUGCUGGAGAGGAGGCCCGUAGAAGGAUGAGAGAGUGUGAGGGUCUGACUGAUGCUCUGCUCUUUGUCAUCCAGACUGCUCUGGGGAGCAGUGAGAUUGAUAGCAAGACCAUAGAAAACUGUGUGUGUAUCUUGAGGAACCUCUCAUAUCGCCUGGCUGCAGAAACUUCUCAGGGACAGCAGAUGGGCACAGAGGAGCUGGAUGGUCUACUGUGUAGCGACGCCAAUGGCAAAGAUGGAGAGAGCUCAGGAUGCUGGGGAAAGAAGAAGAAGAAAAAGAAGACACAGGAUCAGUGGGACGGAGUGGGCCCUCUACCCGACACCGCCGAACCCCCUAAGGGAGUCCAGAUGUUGUGGCACCCGUCCAUUGUAAAGCCUUACCUCACGCUGUUGUCAGAGUGCUCCAACCCUGACACACUGGAGGGCGCUGCAGGGGCACUGCAAAACCUGGCCGCCGGCAGCUGGAAGUGGUCCGUGUAUAUCCGUGCAGCAGUAAGGAAAGAGAAAGGACUACCCAUCCUGGUGGAGCUGUUGAGGAUAGACAAUGACAGAGUAGUGUGUGCUGUGGCAACUGCACUGAGAAACAUGGCCUUGGAUGUAAGAAAUAAAGAAUUAAUCGGUAAGUAUGCCAUGCGUGACCUGGUGCAUCGUCUCCCGGGCAGCAGCAGUGCCGGCGGCAGCAGCGGGGGCAGUGCCAACAGCACCGCGGGGAAAACCAUGUCCGACGACACCGUCACGGCGAUCUGCUGCGCCCUGCACGAAGUCAUCACCAAGAACAUGGAGAACGCCAAGGCCCUACGAGACGCCGGCGGCAUCGAAAAGCUCAUUGGGAUCGCCAGGAGCAAAGGAGACAAACACUCCCCCAAGGUGGUGAAAGCAGCAUCUCAGGUCCUAAGCAGUAUGUGGCAGUACAGGGACCUGCGUGGUCUCUACAAGAAGGAUGGCUACUCACAGUAUCAUUUUGUGGGCUCUGCCUCAACAAUAGAGAGAGACAGGCAAAGGCCAUACUCGUCCUCUCGUACUCCCUCCAUCUCUCCUGUGCGAACCUCCCCCAACAACCGAUCAGCGAGCGCCCCCGCCUCACCCCGCGAGAUGAUCAGCCUCAAGGAAAGGAAGACGGACUACGAGUCGACUGGAACCAUUGCUGGUUACCAUGGAAACAAAGGCGAGCACACAUCCAGGAAAGAUUCCAUGGCAGUACAAAUCUCCUGCGGAACUUCUACAUUGUUCCGGAAUUCAUACGUGACUGCCAACGAAGACAUCAAACACAACCAGGUUCCCGUCCAGACGGCCGCACAGGAGAGUAGCCAGAAAGAGUACGAGACCUUCCCUCCCUUUCAGAACUCCACUAGAAACUUUGAAGAGCCCUUUUUUGAGGAUCAGGUACAUCGUCCACCUCCUGCCACUGAUCUCAAUAUGCACCUGGGACUUAAGUCGACCGGUAACUACGUGGACUUCUACUCUGCCGCUCGCCCGUAUAGCGAACUCAACUACGAAACGAGCCAUUACCCCGCCUCGCCGGACUCCUGGGUGUAG